AAAACAGAAGUGACGUGAGGGAGGCGGUGCGGCGCGCGGUUUCAAGAUGGCGGUGGCUUAGGGCCCGAGCGAGAGGUGAAGGUGAAGGCCUCCCGCCCCCGGCCCUAGAAGAGCGAGGAGGGCGCGCGAGCCGCUGCGCCACGCGGCCCUGCGGCCCUCGCUGGCUCCAGCGAGCAGCCGAAAGGAAGGGGAAUUCUGCAGUGCUUUCAGUUAUACUGGCAUUCUGGUAACAUGACUACGAAUGGCACUUCAGUGGUGUAAAAGAUGUUAUCAAGGAAAUGUAUGAUCUGAAAAGAAGGUGGAUCAGUUGUUUAACAAGAGUGAGGGCUAACAAAUAGGUGGAUGUUACAGUCAGAUGAAAAAGUUUGAGAAUCACCUAGACUUAUGCUGAUAGUAAUUUUGGUGUAUUGCUUUGAAUGAAAAAGUUUUUUCCCCCCUUAACUGACUAAAACAUAACCUGUGAAAAUGGGGCGGAGAUCUACAUCAUCCACCAAGAGUGGGAAGUUCAUGAACCCCACUGACCAGGCUCGAAAAGAAGCCCGGAAGAGGGAAUUAAAAAAGAAUAAGAAACAACGAAUGAUGGUACGAGCUGCAGUACUAAAGAUGAAGGAUCCCAAGCAGAUUAUCCGGGACAUGGAGAAAUUGGAUGAGAUGGAGUUCAAUCCAGUACAGCAGCCACAGCUAAAUGAAAAGGUGCUAAAAGAUAAGCGAAAAAAACUUCGUGAAACUUUUGAGCGCAUUCUCCGACUCUAUGAAAAGGAAAAUCCAGAUAUCUACAAAGAACUUCGAAAGUUAGAGGUGGAAUAUGAGCAGAAGAGAGCCCAGCUCAGCCAAUACUUUGAUGCUGUAAAGAAUGCUCAACAUGUUGAAGUGGAAAGCAUUCCAUUGCCAGAUAUGCCUCAUGCUCCUUCUAACAUCUUGAUCCAAGACAUCCCAUUGCCUGGUGCACAGCCACCCUCUAUUCUCAAAAAAACCUCUGCCUAUGGACCUCCCACUAGAGCAAUUUCUAUACUUCCUCUUCUUGGACACGGUGUUCCUCGUUUGCCUCCUGGAAGAAAGCCUCCUGGCCCACCCCCGGGGCCACCUCCUCCCCAAGUUCUGCAGAUGUACGGCCGUAAAGUGGGCUUUGCACUAGAACUUGCCCCUCGUCGGCGAGAGGAGGAUAUUUUAUAUAGUCCAGAACUUGCUCAUCGAGGUCAUGAUGAUGAUGCUUCCAGCACCAGUGAAGAUGAAGGUUAUCCUGAAGACAUGGAUCAAGAUAAACAUGAUGACAGCAGUGAUGACAGUGAUACAGACAGGUCAGAUGCUGACAGUGAAGGAGAGGAGUUCAUGCAUCGUGAUGAUGAAGAGAGAGAGAACAAUGAGGACAAAAAGUCAGGUCUCAGUGUACGAUUUGCUGAUGUUCCUGGAAAAGCACGGAAGAAAAAGAAAAACAUGAAGGAAUUAACACCUCUUCAAGCUAUGAUGCUUAGAAUGGCAGGUCAGGAAAUUCCUGAAGAGGGGCGAGAGGUGGAGGAAUUUUCAGAGGAUGAUGAUGAGGAGGAUUCUGAUGACUCUGAGUCAGAGGAUACAACACAGCAGCAGCACAAAGAAGAGUCUCUUCCGGAUGGGGCAUCAUCAUCUCCUGCUUCCCAACAACAGCAACCACCUCCACAGUCUGUUCCUCCUGCUCAAAUACAGGCACCUCCCAUGCCAGGACCACCCCCUCUUGGACCACCGCCUGCUCCACCAUUACGACCACCUGGGCCACCCACUGGCCUUCCUCCUGGUCCACCUCCAGGAGCUCCUCCAUUCUUAAGACCACCUGGAAUGCCAGGGCUUCGGGGGCCUUUACCCCGGCUUUUACCUCCUGGUCCUCCACCAGGCAGGCCUCCUGGUCCACCACCAGGCCCACCUCCUGGUCUUCCUCCUGGUCCUCCUCCACGAGGACCACCACCGAGGCUACCUCCCCCAGCACCUCCAGGCAUCCCUCCACCUCGUCCUGGUAUGAUGCGCCCGCCUUUGGUGCCUCCACUUGGACCUGCUCCACCUGGGCUUUUUCCACCAGCUCCUUUGCCGAAUCCAGGGGUUUUAAGUGCCCCACCUAAUUUGAUCCAGAGACCCAAAGUGGAUGACACCAGUGCAGCCACUAUCGAGAAGAAAGCCACAGCAACCAUCAGUGCCAAGCCACAAAUCACCAAUCCCAAGGCAGAAAUUACCAGAUUUGUGCCCACUGCACUGAGGGUUCGACGAGAAAACAAAGGAGCUGCUGCGGCUCCCCAAAGAAAGUCAGAAGAAGAUUCUUCUUUACCCCUUGCCAAAGCAGUCCCUAAAUCUGGCCCUUCUGCUCCUGUUUCAGUACAAACCAAGGAUGAUGUGUAUGAAGCCUUCAUGAAAGAGAUGGAGGGGCUACUGUGACAGAUUUUGAUGCCAGGGGAGGUUUUAAUCUCACAAAUUCAUAUUAGAAAACAUGGUUCAUAGAGGAAUUCCAAGUUCUUAUACAUUGGACCUGAGUGCAGAGUUUUACUCUGUCAGAGCAUUUCCUGACUUCAGUGCUAAGACAAUCCUUGGAUUGUCUUAAUGUUAUUUAGCUUUGGUCAGAAUUCGCUGCACAGAAGAAAAAGAUGUUUCAUUCAGAGUAGACUGGUAAGCUUCUGUAGCAGUGUCCCUUCACAUCUCUACUAUAUCUAUCACCACCACUGUUUCCUUUUUUCUUUGGAGGCAUGAGAUAGACAGGAUUUUAGUGUCUAUACUUUCAUUUUUGAAAUCUUUUUCUUAAGUGGGUUUGGUGAGCCACCGGAAUAGAUAUUUGUCAGAAACCAAUGCAUUUCAUGCAGUGUUUUUUGUGUUUUUACUUCUGGUUUUGUUUGUUUUUUAACUUUCCUUGUAAAUAAUUUGUAACAUUUUACUUGUAGUAAAAUGGAUCACAGCUUCAUUUCCCUACUAUGAAGCAGGAUGUCUGGGGAGGACUAUACAUAUGUAUUAAUUGAGAUGACUUCUCAAUGACAAAAAAAAAAUUUGUCUUAUGAAAGAAAUAAAUGUUCUAUG